CCACAGCAACAACAGCCACUUCCAAGGACGAUGCUGAGCAGAUGUUGCCACAGAUUCCGUCGUAUAUCCGCACAACCGCCAUGUUCUUCUGCAUAGUCAUCAUGCUGCUGGGCGUGGUGGGCAAUGUGAUGGUGCCCAUCGUGAUUGUGAAGACGAAGGAUAUGCGCAACUCGACGAACAUCUUUCUCACCAACCUGAGCAUCGCCGACCUGCUGGUGCUGCUCGUCUGCACGCCCACCGUUCUCGUCGAGGUCAACACCCGCCCAGAGACCUGGGUCCUCGGGCACGAGAUGUGCAAGGCUGUGCCGUUCGUGGAGCUGACUGUGGCCCAUGCCAGCGUUCUGACCAUCUUGGCCAUCUCGUUCGAGCGCUAUUACGCAAUCUGCGAGCCAUUAAAGGCCGGCUACGUUUGCACCAAAGGACGGGCCAUCCUCAUCUGCGUUCUGGCCUGGGGCAUUGCUGCGCUCUUUACGAGUCCCAUCAUCGCCAUAUCCAGCUACAGUGUGGAGCCCUACGGGGAUGGAACCGACGCCCCCGUUUGCACCACCGCCGCCGAUGGCUUCUGGCCGAUCUUCUACUUUGUGGGCAGCAUCACGGUGUUCUUCUUCCUGCCCUUCGGCAUCCUGCUCCUCUUGUAUGCAGCCAUCGCCUACAAGUUGUUGCGCCCGAACAACGCCUUCCAUCGACCCACCUCCCCGCAGCCCCAGCAGCCGACGGGUGGAGCAACUGGUGGAGCAACCCAGGUGCCCAGCACCAAGGGCAACAGCCACCAGCAGAGCAACGGGAUGCGGAAGCACCGGAAGCAGGUGAUCUUCAUGCUGGUGGCCGUCGUGUCCAGCUUCUUCGUCUGCCUGCUGCCCUUCCGCGCCUUCACCCUCUGGGUGAUCCUGGCCAGCGCCGAGGAUGUGCAGAGCCUGGGCAUCGCCGGCUACUACAAUCUGCUGUACUUCUCGCGCUUCAUGCUCUACCUCAACUCGGCCAUGAACCCCAUCCUGUACAACCUGAUGUCCUCCAAGUUCCGCAGCGGCUUCUGGCGCCUGCUGCUCACCUGUUUGGGUCAGCGACAGCAUCACCAUCAUCGCCAUCACUACCAUCAGAGGCAACAUCCAGCGGCGGGAGGAAGUGGACGCAACACGUCCAGGCGACAGGAACAGGAUGCCGAGGAGGGGGCCACGCUGGCGGGAUCCACUACGACAGCCCGACAUCCACGACGCACUCUCCGCCGCGAGGCCACCUUCCUGAUCAACUCCAUAUCCACCUCCUCGGGCACGGAUCGCACCACCUCCUCUUCCGCUUGGCGCAGCAAUAGCCUGUCCGUUUCCGGAUUGAGCGAACGGGAACGGGGUAUCCUGGGAGCCGCCAUCAUUGGGACAACAGCUGCCACCGUUACCACCGCCUGCCUGCAGGAACGACGAGCUAGCAAAAUUUAA